AUGGACAAAGUAGGAAAAGCUAUUGUAUAUGCUGGUGGUAUCAUUGGUACUGGUUAUGCAUUGAUGAAAUUAACCGUUCCUGAUGAAGAGCAAAUGAGAAAGCGCUUGAAUCCCAAACUUCAACGAGAAGCCGACGACAUUAAAGCCAGUAAUGCCCAAAAGAAUCAAGCCCUUAUGGAACAUUUACGCGAAGUAGCCGAAUCCGAUAAACCCGCAUGGCAAACGAAAUCCUCUUCUUAA